CAGCGGAAGUGAGUGAGAGACAUAGAGCAAAAUAGAGGGAGAGAGAGUUGUGGGCUGAGAGUUGAGUCAAUAUUAAUCAGUUUCCUCCUCCUCCUCCUCUUCUUCUUCCUCAUCUUCGUCGCCGCUGCUUCUCAUGGUCGUCUCUCCGGAGGAAAGGGGCGGGCUAAGCGCCACUGCGGAUCCGGAAUCAGAGCGCGGCGGCUCGGCUGAGUUGGGCUCCGUCGCUUGGUUGUGACAGCGCUGCGGGUUCACGGACACACAAUCACACCGGAUCUUUACAAACCCCCGUUUCCUGUUUGGAGGAAGAAAUAAAGCAAGAGUUUUAGGAGUGGAAAGUGUUUGAUAAACACGAGCAGGAAUAAAGAAGAAAGAAAGGAGGGAAAGUAGAAAAGAAGAAGGAGAGAAAGAUGCCUCUGGCUCAGCUGGCAGAUCCGUGGCAGAAGAUGACUGUGGGGGGAAACACGGAGGACGGUCAUCAUGAGCCCGAGGACUCGGUGGGUGAGGAAGACUCCAUGCCUGACGACAUGCUCUUUAAAGAGAUCAGUAUCACUCAUCAUGUGAAGGAAGGAUCAGAAAAGGCCGACCCUCGACAGUUUGAGCUCAGGAAAGUCCUCGGACAAGGCUCCUUUGGCAAGGUGUUUCUGGUGAGAAAGGUCACAGGACCUGAUGCUGGUCAACUUUACGCCAUGAAGGUCCUGAAGAAAGCAACACUUAAAGUGCGUGACCGGGUCAGGACAAAGAUGGAGAGAGACAUCCUGGUGGAGGUCAACCAUCCCUUCAUCGUCAAACUGCACUACGCCUUUCAGACCGAGGGGAAGCUCUACUUAAUCUUGGAUUUCCUGCGAGGAGGAGAUCUCUUCACUCGUCUGUCUAAAGAGGUGAUGUUCACAGAGGAGGAUGUGAAGUUUUACUUGGCUGAACUGGCUCUGGCUCUGGAUCACCUGCACGGCCUCGGAAUCAUUUACCGAGACCUCAAGCCUGAGAAUAUCCUCCUUGAUGAAGAAGGACACAUUAAAUUGACUGACUUUGGCCUCAGUAAGGAGUCCAUAGACCACGAGAACAAAGCCUACUCCUUCUGUGGGACGGUGGAGUACAUGGCUCCUGAGGUGGUGAACAGACGAGGACACACGCACAGCGCCGACUGGUGGUCGUACGGUGUACUGAUGUUUGAGAUGCUGACGGGAACGCUGCCGUUUCAGGGCAAAGACCGGAAGGAGACGAUGACCAUGAUCCUUAAAGCGAAACUGGGAAUGCCUCAGUUUCUGAGUUCUGAAGCUCAGAGUCUCCUCAGGAACCUUUUCAAAAGAAACCCUGCAAACAGAUUAGGAGCAGGUCCAGACGGAGUGGAGGAGAUAAAGAGACAUCACUUCUUCAGCACCAUCGACUGGAAUAAACUGUUCCGCAGAGAGAUUCCUCCUCCUUUCAAACCAGCUGCAGGACGACCUGACGACACUUUCUAUUUUGAUCCAGAGUUCACCGCCAAAACUCCCAGAGACUCUCCUGGUGUGCCUCCCAGUGCUAACGCUCAUCAGCUGUUCAGAGGAUUCAGUUUUGUGGCCAUAACAGAGGAGGAGACACAACCACUGCCUAAUGCUAUAGUACAGAAUCUUCACCGCAGCACGUCGUUGUUCUCCGACGUCUACGAGAUCAAAGAGGACAUCGGCGUGGGCUCGUACUCCAUCUGUAAACGCUGCGUGAACAAAGGCAGUGGCAUGGAGUACGCCGUCAAGAUCAUAAACAAAGCAAAGAGAGACCCGACAGAAGAGGUGGAGAUUCUGCUGAGAUACGGUCAACAUCCCAACAUAAUCACGCUCAAAGACGUCUAUGACGACGGUCGCUCCGUCUUCCUGGUCACAGAGUUGAUGAAAGGAGGAGAACUGCUCGACAAAAUCUUGAGGCAGAAGUUUUUCUCUGAGCGUGAGGCGAGCGCCGUCCUCUACACCAUCACCAAGACGCUGGAGUAUCUGCACGUGCAGGGAGUGGUCCACAGAGACCUGAAGCCCAGUAACAUUCUGUACGUGGAUGAGAGCGGGAACGCCGAGUCCAUCAGAAUCUGUGACUUUGGUUUCGCCAAACAGCUGCGAGCAGAGAACGGUCUGCUCAUGACGCCGUGUUACACCGCCAACUUUGUCGCUCCUGAGGUGUUGAAGAAACAGGGAUAUGAUGCAGCCUGUGACAUCUGGAGUCUGGGAGUUCUGCUCUACACCAUGCUAACAGGCUUCACUCCGUUUGCCAACGGUCCUGAAGACACUCCGGAGGAGAUCCUGGCUCGCAUCGGCAGCGGGAAGUUCUCUCUCAGCGGAGGAUACUGGACGUCUGUGUCCACUGAGGCUAAGGACCUGGUGUCGCGGAUGCUGCACGUGGACCCUCACCAGCGGCUGACGGCGGGUCAGGUUCUGCGACACCCGUGGGUGACGCACAGAGACCAGCUGCCCAAAUACACACUCAACAGGCAGGACGCGCCGCACCUCGUCAAGGGAGCGAUGGCCGCCACCUACUCCGCCCUGAACAGGAACGUCCCCCCGGUCCUGGAACCGGUGGGUCGUUCCACUCUGGCACAGCGGAGGGGGGUUAAGAAGAUCACAUCCACCGCUCUGUGACCUUUAAGCCCCGCCCCCUCACCUCCACCCACCAACUCUGACCUCGAUCUGAUCUCUGCCGGCUCCUCCCUCCCUCCUGUCCACUGCGGGGCGGUCCGGCAGGACAGACUACUGAUGGACAUGCUAACGCCAAAUAUGAGCACAGAGAUGGCCGCUGACGCCUGGCCCCGCCCCCAUGGCCCCCCCCCCUUCUUUCUCCGCUGUCCUGCACCUUAACGGACACGAUUGGCUCUUGUCCACUGUCUCGCUGUAGUCCGUCACCUGGGCGGAGUCUUUGCUUCGGACAAUCAGAGCUGCCUCGAAAACGCGGAGCAAAAAAAGAACGUACUGUAUUUAUAGACUUCAAAGAUAAGGGGCGGUAUCUGGCGAACGUAUGGAAAUCUUAACGUGUGCAUUUAUAGGAGCCACGGUUUUAACCUCAAUGAGCCUCCGAGAAGACGGCGUCCACGAUAAAUAACGACGGUGGGCGUAAAUGACGGCGAGAGGCAGAAUAUCGUAGCCUCUGCUCUGAUAUGUCGCUGUUUUGACUUUAAAAUGAAUCGCAAAUUUAAAAAAGACACAGGAAAUUAGAGUCGUCUGAUUGUAAAUAAGCGAUUCAAUUCUGAGUGUUUAGGGAGUCCAGGAUUUUACUUUUAUGAUCAAACCACAAACAAAACUCGGUUAAACAUUUCUCUGAUUGUCGACAAACAUCGCAAAAUCUCGUGAAUUAGAUUGGGAGUACGUAAAGAACCACGUACACAUUUCCGAUUAAAUUCAGUAAAACAAAGGAAAAAUAUUUGAGCUCGUGAAACAAAAACAAGCCGAUCAAAGCAUGUUAGCAUUGUUGUUCGCCACAAAAAAUAUGCAAAUUGGUGCGAGGAAACCGUUAAAAGAAAAACAAAUAAACUGUUUCUUACGCAAAGUUCGCACAACCCAAUUUUUUGUUUGAAAAAUUCGCGCCACAAAUAUUUUCCGAUCAAACUAGCAGAUUCAAAGCACGUUAAUGUUGGGUUUUCGCCCCCCUAGUGGUCACGUUUUUAAAUACACUUCACAAAAAUUAUGCAAAGUGUUUCGAGGAAACCGUUCAAUCGCUCAGUUCACACAGCGAUUUUGUGUGUGUGUGUGUGUGUGUGAAAAUUAGCAAUUAAAAGCUUUUCAGCACGAGCUGCAAAUGUUAAUGAUCUAUGCCACCUGGUGGACACAGACGGGAAACAACUCAGGUUUCUAAGAAAUCAAUUUUCUUUUUUUUAAUCUGUGAGACGUGAAACAAAGAAAGCACAAACAUCUUAAAUUUAAUCGGAUUAAAUAAUCUGGAUUCAAACUUAAUCCAGGAGUUCUGUUGUGAGGAUGAUGUUGAUGAUGUUGACGACUCUGCAAAAUCCUUUAAAACCUGGUCACAUGAUCUUCAGCCUUCACAUUCACUGACAACUUUUUUUCUCUUUAAAGCUGCAGUAGGUGAGUUUUUUGUUAUCAUUAUUGGUCAAUAAUUUAAAUAAUAAUCUUAUGUCAUGAUGUAAAUCACGUGACCCACAGUGACAGGAGACUUUGACCAAUCACAGAACAGUUCAGAGAGAGGGAGAGACGACGCCUCCUGUUGGUUGGCUUUAGUAACAACUUUAUUUCUGCAAAGAAACAAGCGAGAAAAAAGAAGCUCAAAUAAAGAGUUUGUUGGAGGGCCUAAACUGGAGCCUUGUGGAACACCACUAGUUUAACUUUCGCCGUUACAGGAAAAAUCCAACAAAAAUGAUUUUGAAUUAAUACCAAAAAAAAUCAAAACACUUGCUGACUUCAGAAUUUACCUAAAUAAAAUCCCGUAAUAGAAAAUAUCAAAAAAAUGUGUUCACAUUAUCACAAAUUUAAUGCCAGACGUUCAGAUUUUACAGCUUGAAACCCUAAAAAGAUUUGUCACUGUGGGCGGACCCUUUGUGUCUGUGAUUAUCUGGGAGGAGCUACAGACAGAGAGACUCCACCCCCAAAAAUCCUGCGUAUGAAACUCGAUGAUUAAUAAUUGCUUUUCUUGCGAUCCUGCCUACUGUAGCUUUAAAGUUCAGCCUGGCAUCCUGGGAAAUAAUUCAUUGAAUAUAUGUCUGACGAUUCUGACCGUUAAUAUUCCUUUAUUUCACUUAAAAUAAAAAUUAAAUAUACGAUAUAUAUAUAUAUAUAUAUUUUAUAUAUAUAUAUAUAUAUAUAUAUAUGAUGAAAUAUGAAAAUAUCUGGAAUUUUAAUGACUAUAAAAAUAAAAAUUAUAAAUCAGUGAAACUAAAAACAACAAUAAUUAAAGAAUAAUAAUCAUUAAAGGUUAAAGGUGUGAUUUAGUUGCUCCUGAAAACGUUUGACCACUAGAUGGCACUAACUUCUCCACACAGGUCCUUUAAGUCACAUGAACCCACAACAGUAUCGCAAAAAAAAAAAACACAGUGUGUGGACGUGUGGACUGAGAAGACAAACGUCGUCUUCAUCGUCCUGCGUCUCUUCUUCAGUGAUUGUUUUUUUGUUUUUUAUCGCAUUUAAAACAUAAAAAUAUAAAUAUAUAUAAAUGUUGAUUAUUUUUCAUGUACAGCUCUGGGAUAAAGGAAUGUAAACGGAAUAAUUUUGUUUAGUUUUUUUUCUGUAAUGAUAAAUAGGUGAACAGCUUUUUUCUCUCUCUCUCUCUCCUCCUCUUCCUCUUCCUCUUCCUCUUCAUUCUCUUCCUCUCUCUCUAUGUCACAGUCAGUUCCUGCUGCUAUUCCAGCUCCAUGUUUUUGUACUCACUCUGAGAGCUGGACUUUCUAUUAAAAACAAUAAAAAGAAAAGAAGACAAAUCACACAAACAGA